GUCUGCUCGUCAGGCCUGAGUGGGUGUUUGUGUUGCAGCUCUUUGUCGUCUCUUUUUCUCUCUCCUUAAAUCCUCAUUUUCAUUGGGAGGGGGCGACAAUCCACCAUAUCCGUCAACAUGGGCAAGAAGGAAGAGGAUGAUAUAAUUCGAAUUGCGAAGAAGAUGGAUAAGAUGGCUCAGAAGAAGAACGGGGCAGGGGCUUUGGACUUGUUGAAAGAGCUGCGGAGUGUCCCCAUGACGCUGGAGCUGCUUCAGUCCACCAGAAUCGGCAUGUCCGUUAACGCCAUACGCAAGCAGAGCACAGACGAGGAGGUGACGUCCCUCGCCAAGUCCUUGAUCAAAUCCUGGAAGAAGCUUUUGGAUGAGCCUGGAGGUGGAGACAAGCCUUCUGACGAGAAGAGGAAAGAGUCGAGCACGCCUGUGGUUUCUCCGUCGCAGGGAAGCCCCGAGGCUAAAGAGGAGAGCAGCUCCAGCAGUAACUCCAGUAGCAGGAGCGAAGCCGCCGAGGUGGCUCCCAACACGCUAAUCAACACCUUUCCCCGAGCUCCGAGCACCUCCGACUCCAUCCGGCUCAAGUGCAGAGAGAUGCUGGCCAAUGCUCUGCAGACUGGAGACGACUACAUCGCCAUCGGAGCCGAUUGCGACGAGCUCGGAGCCCAGAUCGAAGAAUGCAUCUUCCAAGAGUUUAAAAACACAGACAUGAAAUACAAGAACCGAGUGCGGAGCCGGAUCUCAAACCUGAAGGACGUGAAGAACCCAAACCUGAGGAGGACUGUUCUCUGUGGGAGUGUGACCCCGGAGAGGAUGGCCAAGAUGACAGCAGAGGAAAUGGCCAGCGACGAGCUGAAGGAAAUGAGAAAGAACUUGACCAAAGAGGCCGUCCGGGACCACCAGAUGGCCACCACCGGGGGCACUCAGACCGAUCUGUUUACCUGUGGAAAGUGCAAGGGCAAGUGCUGCACCUACACCCAGGUUCAAACUCGCAGUGCUGAUGAGCCAAUGACCACGUUUGUUUUCUGCAAUCAGUGUGGAAAUCGAUGGAAGUUCUGCUGAAUGUGCAGACGUCGGCUCGUAGCAACCCUCCCGGACCAGGUGGAGCUCCCCGCAGCAGAUCAGACGCCUCAGCCGUUACUGUUCAACACAUUUACUGUUCCCGGUCAGCCCCCCGCCCCGCCCCGCCCCGCCCCCCUCCAGGACCUGCUAAUAAUGUCAUUAGUUGUUUCUCACUGUCAAAUAGAUGCGAUCAAUCUUGUUUCAACUUUUUUUAUAUGUAGUUUUAACACUUUGGACAAUGUUGUUUUGAUUUCCCCUCACAACAUUGUGUUGUUUUAUUUAAUUGCCCAAUAAAGUGUCAUCCAUUUGAAUAAAA